UGUGAAAUGGAGAAAUACCUGGCACCUCAGCUCCCGCCCGUUCCCGUCAUCCCCGAACAUAAGAAAUACAGAAGAGACAGUGCCUCGGUUGUAGACCAGUUUUUCACUGACAGCGAAGGGUUGCCUUACAGCAUCAACAUGAACGUCUUCCUCCCUGACAUUAGCCACCUGAGAACUGGCCUGUACAAAUCUCAGCGACCCUGUGUAACCCACAUCAAGACAGAGCCGGUCACCAUCUUCAGUCACCAGAGCGAAACUACUGCCCCUGCCCCUGCCCCCACUCAGGCCCUCCCCGAAUUUACCAGCAUCUUCAGCUCCCACCAAACUCCCGAUGUGAACAACAUUUUCAUCAAGCAGGAGCUUCCUACUCCAGACGUUCAUCUUUCCGUCACGCCCCAGCAAGGCCAGUUAUAUCAGCUCCUGAGCUCACCGGAUUUAGAUAUGCCCAACACUACUACUCAGGCAGCCGUGAUGGACUCCCUUAACAAUGUCUCCAUGCCGUCAGCCAUGGCGGGCCUUAACACGCUCUCCUCGGCUGUUCCACAGACUGCGAUGAAACAGUUCCAGGGCAUCCCCCCCUGCACCUACACCAUGCCAAACCAGUUUCUGCAGCAGCAGGCCACUUACUUCCCUCCUUCGCCCCCAAGCUCAGAGCCUGGAAGUCCAGACAGACAAGCAGAGAUGCUACAGAAUUUAACCCCUCCUCCAUCGUAUGCCGCAACUAUAGCUUCCAAGCUCGCAAUUCACAAUCCGAAUUUACCAGCAACCCUGCCCAUAACCCCCCAGAAUAUCCAACCAGUCAGAUACAACAGGAGAAGUAACCCAGAUUUGGAGAAAAGACGUAUCCACUACUGUGACUAUCCCGGCUGCACGAAAGUUUAUACAAAGUCUUCUCACUUAAAAGCGCACCUGAGAACUCACACGGGUGAGAAACCGUACAAGUGCACGUGGGAAGGCUGCGACUGGAGAUUCGCUCGCUCGGAUGAAUUAACGCGCCACUACAGGAAGCACACGGGGGCAAAGCCCUUCCAGUGCGCUGUCUGCAAUCGCAGCUUCUCCCGCUCCGAUCACCUGGCUCUCCACAUGAAGAGGCAUCAGAACUAAAAGCUGGACUUGUCGUUGAGGCUGUUUUGUAUCUAUGCAAUUUCCUAUUGACUCUCGACAUACAACUAAAAUUAGUUUAAUUUUUGAGUAUGGGUUAUCCAUUUAAAAGGAAUCUCAAAAGAAACUGGAAAUGUAUAUUUUGUAUAUUUAUGCUGAAAAAAGGGAAAACACUGUAUUACAAACCAGAGCGUUCGGUUGUUUGUUUGCUCUCAUGAUGUAUAUGGCUUUAGUCAGCAGGUUUCAUCUCUUUACAAGUAUUAUGUCUUGACACAUUGCAGCUUUAUACAUUUUUUUUUUCUCUUGCGGUGUUUUGACCAAAGCACUGUCAUUAUUGUGACAAUGUUUAGUAAAAGAAUUAGUGAGAGGCUGCAGAUGAAUGAACGCAGUGGAAAAGCCAUGAAUUGUAAUAGGUCAGGUUUUUACCAGACAUAUUUAGUACUUGUGGGGUUUUUUUAAAUGUUAAGUCAUUCUGUGGAGAUAAAGUACAUAGAAAAAUUCAUAAACAGCCAUAGAACAAACCAUUUUGUUCUGUAUGUUGCAUGUUUGCUAUGACAAAGAUUUUGUAAAUAUGCAAAUCAGCUUUUUAGGUUUAAUACAAAAGUUUUCUAAGAAUCAUCUG